UCCGCUGAAGCGUAAAAAAGUAUACAUUCCUUUCCCUCCCUCUAUCUCUCUCUAAAUGCACUGAAACCGCCAUUACUAAUACUUGAAAAGGCAGCACCUGAGCGUCAAGGACGAGAGAUUACCUCUCUUCCUCACUCUUUGCGAGAAACAGAGCUUUCCAAGCAGAGGAGGAAGAGCGAGAAGAAGAUCGGAAGCAACGAAGCGUGGAUCCCUGCUGGGCUAUGGGAUUGAAACCGAAGAGGCUGCUCGGGAUUUGAAACCGAAGCGGAAAUUUUGGAAGUGAUCAGCUGACCCGCCCGAAUCACGAUAUGGAAGCAAAAAUGGUAGGACUCAAGAAGGUAUCGCAGUGUUGGUGGUUUGACAGCCAUAAUUCAGCAAAGCGCUCUCCAUGGCUACAGUCAACUCUUACAGAACUGGAAAAUAAGAUCAAAGGGAUACUAAAUCUGAUCGAAGGAGAUGCCGAUUCGUUCGCGCAGCGUGCAGAGAUGUACUACAGGAAAAGGCCAGAGCUGGUGAAUAUGAUCGAGGAUUUCUAUCGCUCUUACCGCUACGUGGCUGAGCAGUUUGAACUACUAAGAUCUGAAGUAGGAACCCGACGCAUGACAUUAUUCAAGACUGAUUCCUUAAAUCAAAGCAUUUCUCAGAAGACAUGGGAUUCAACAGAGGUGGAUGAUUAUCCUGAAUCUGAGGUUUCUGAAGUUGACAAUCCUGAGCCAGAAGAAGGCGACCAAAUGGAGAAUGAAGAAUUUGAAGACAUUAGGAGGAACCUAGAAGCCAAAUCCACAGAACAACCCCUAAUCUUUUAUAGCUCUGUAACAGCAGAAGCUGAAAUCGAUGGUAAGAUCAACCUGUCUUCAAAGAGGAUCUCUUAUUCUUUUGGAAGCAAGCAAAUGGAGAAUAAUGAUCAUGAUUUUGAGCAUCAAUAUGAAAUCAAGUUGAUGGAGCUACCUUUCAGAAAUGAGAAUGAUAAGUCCAUAAAUGGAGGAUUAGUGGUUUGCUCCAGGAACACAAGAUCCUUGUCAAUGCCUCCAUCAGAUCUUCUUGAUUCAAAGGAGUGUGAAAAAACUUGCCAUUAUGAAGGCAAUGAAACCAUUUUCGAAGGCGAAUUAGAAGAUCACAAGUCUGAAGAUCUCGAAACCAAAGAGCUGUUUGAGAAGAUUGUUGAUAAUAUGGCCAAGCUGACAAAUGAAGUUGAAAGUCUCAAAAUGGAGAAGGAGACUCUCAUGGCUGAACUAGACAGGAAAGAUGAGGAGAAGAGGCAUGUAAUCAGAGAGCUCUCAUUGACAGUUGAGAUUAUGAAGGAAGAGAAUACUAUCUUAAAGAAGUUUAUCAAGGAUUCCAAGAAAAGUGGCAGUAUUUUUGAGUUCAAGAAAUUGAAGGAAGCUUUUUCAGGGACAAGGAGUUUGUUUGGUUUCACUUCACGGUUUCAGGCUUCGCUUGUUGCUCUUUGAUUAUCCUUUUUAGGUAUAUAGAACUAUAGAAGCAGACUCUUAUCUAAUUAUUAAAUUUAUUGCAUUUAGUAUGUGAUCUUUUGUACACUAUUUGCAACUUGUUCUAUUUUAAUUAUCAGUAUGUUAUGUUAGAACUAUUUGAA